AUGAUGAAGCUGUUGUGGGUUGUUUGUUUGUACAUUAGUUGUCUCUGUGGUUGUCAGAGCAGUGAGCUGAAUGGAAGGGAGGACUUCAUGCUUCUUGCAGGCUCUCUGACAAAGCAGGUGGUCAGAAGCUCAGACAGAGGCAUGAAUGAUGCCUUUGACUGCAGUCAUUCCAUACCUCCUGGUUCUAAGCAGUACUUUGAGUACCUGCAGAGCAGAGGGGUGACCCAUUUCAAAGUACCGCUGUCAUGGGCUCAACUCCUUCCUACAGGCCACCCCAGCCAGCCCCAACAGGCAGUGGUUAGAUGUUACCAGACCCUGUUGAAACAGCUGCUGGAAGUGGGCCUUCAGCCUCUGGUCAUCCUUCAUGGAUGGAAAGUUCCAGAGCCUCUGCAAUCAAGAUAUGGAGGCUGGGAGAGCCAGGAGCUGGUAGAGAUGUUUCAGCAGUAUGCAGAGUUUGCCUUCCAAGAGUUUGCACCACUGGCACGCUCAUGGUUGACACUGAGUGACUUGGAUGAUGGUUGGCAUGAUGAGCAGCCUGCAGAUGCUCCCAGUUUUCUGCAGAAUAUCCUUCAACUCAACAAGAACAUUUAUCAGCUGUAUCAUCGACGCUUUCCUGACAAAGGGAGACGUCUGUCAAUUGGGUUGAGAGCUACAGAUGUGGCUUUCCUCUCCCACAUUAAAGAUUUAACAACAAUGGACUUCUUGUCAGUGCACAUUGAAUAUAACUGUGGUAUCUCAUCAGACUUUGAAAAGGAGCUAAAGAAUAUACAGAUGUCCAUUGGGAACUUCCCUAUCCUGCUGUAUGAGAUGAUUGCUCAUGACUGUUCCCAGAGUCAUUACCAGCUUCUUGGAGAGUUUCUAAAUGUCCUGAUGAACAAUGGCCUGAAUAUUAUGGGGUGUGACGUGAAGGACAUGUUAGGCAAGCUGGACAUAGAAUAUGCUCCCAUCAGCCGGGAAAUUUCACAUCAUACUGGUGUGACAGGAUUAAAAAACAAUUAUCAGACAGUGUGGGAUAAGUUUGGAGCCCAGACUACAACGGAACGAGAUAUUUUCCUUGAAGAGUCAUUUCCUUCUGACUUCCAGUGGGCCACCUCCAGCGUGUCCUUCAAGGUUGAAGGUGGCUGGUCAGAAGGUGGAAAGGGAAAGACUAUUUGGGACCGUUUUGGUCAUGAAGGCCUUGCCUCUGACAAUCAGACAGCUGACCUGGCUUGUGACAGUUACCAUAAGGUAGAUUAUGAUGUCUACCUUCUGCGAGGCCUUCAGGUCAACACCUACCAAUUUUCCAUCUCUUGGGCCCGUAUUUUCCCCUCAGGCUACCGACAAAUCCACUCAGAGAAAGGAGCUCAAUACUAUGACCAGCUGAUAAAUGCUCUCAUUGAAUCUGGCAUACAGCCCAUUGUCACUCUCUACCACUGGGAUCUGCCCCAGGAACUCCAGGAUUUUGGUGGAUGGACCAAUGCCUCAAUUGUUGAAGCCUUCAAGGCCUAUGCAGACUUCUGUUUCUCAAGGUUUGGAGAUAGAGUCAAGAUCUGGAACACAUUCAGCAGUCCCUGGGUAGUGAGCCAUGCCGGGUAUGGUACUGGCAAGCAUGCCCCAGGAGUCAAGGACUAUGUGGAAUCUUCCUAUCAGGUCACUCACAAUAUUCUCAAGUCCCAUGCUGAGGCCUGGCAUGCCUAUAAUGACAAUUACAGGAAAACACAAGGAGGAAAAGUUGGCAUUGCCUUGAACUCUGACUGGGCUGAGCCUAAGGACCCUGCCAAACCUGAAGAUAUAGCAGCUGCAGAACGUUACCUGCAGUUUAUGCUGGGCUGGUUUGCACAUCCCAUAUUUGUAGAUGGAGAUUAUCCUGCAACACUCAAAGCCCAGAUUGAACAGAAGAAAACAGAGUGUCCUGACUCUGUGCCAGCAAAGCUCCCAGUUUUCACUCCCACAGAGAGCCAGAGGAUACGUGGCACUGCUGACUUUUUUGGUUUAAAUCACUAUACUUCACGGCUGGUCAGCAACAGUAAAGGUGGGUGCACCCCUGGACCUCAGGGUGUGGGUGACUUUGAUGCAACUGUGGACCUCUCAUGGCAGUCUACAGCUUCUGACUGGAUCUAUUCUGCUCCUUGGGGACUUAGAAGGCUCCUAAACUACAUUUCAACAGAGUACUUGAAUGUUAACAAACUGCCUAUAUACAUAACUGGGAAUGGGAUGCCCACUAAUUACAGCAUAGACAGUCUCACUGACACCAGCAGAAUGGACUACAUGAGAAGUUACAUCAAUGAGGCGCUGAAAGCAACACUCACAGAUGGAGUGGAUGUGCAGCGAUUCACAGUGCAGUCACUUAUGGAUGGAUUUGAGGGAAAACAAGGCUACAGCCAAAGAUUUGGUCUUCACUACGUCAACUUUGAAGAUCAAGCCAGACCAAGAACCCCAAAGCAAUCUGCAUAUUUGUACUCCCAGAUUAUUGAGCAAAAUGGCUUUGGUACACAAAAAAGUAAGAAAGUUAAAGCUGAAGAAAUGAAGCUAACUCAACGCUCAGCUGCCUUACCACCCUCAGAGGUUCCAUCUAAAUCAAAGGUUGUUUGGGAGAAAUUCUCUUCACAGUCAAAAUUCCACAGACAAAUGUACCACUAUGGCACAUUUCCUCAAGGCUUCAGUUGGGGAGUUUCUUCUUCGGCCUACCAAAUUGAAGGUGGCUGGAAUGCUGAUGGCAAGGGGCCUAGUGUCUGGGACACAUUCACUCAGACACCCGGCAAUAUUCCUGAUAAUGCUAAUGGAAAUGUAGCCUGUGACAGUUACAACAGACUUAAUGAAGAUCUCUACAUGCUGCGGGCUCUGAGGGUGAAGUCAUACAGAUUCUCUUUGUCCUGGUCCAGGAUCUUUCCUGAUGGCACACGUAGCUCCCUCAACCAGAAAGGUGUUGACUACUACAACAGACUCAUCGAUGGACUUGUAGCAUACAAUAUCACCCCCAUGGUAACACUCUAUCACUGGGACCUCCCUCAAGCAUUGCAAAAACUCAGUGGCUGGGAAAAUGUAGACAUGAUUGAAAUAUUUAAUGACUUUUGUGACUUCUGCUUUGCUACCUUUGGUGACAGAGUAAAAUUCUGGAUGACCUUUAACCAGCCUCAGACAAUUGCAUGGUCUGGAUAUGGACUUGGAAAUAUGCCACCAAAUGUUAAGGACCCAGGAUAUGCACCAUACAGAGUUGCACACAACCUCAUUAAAGCUCACGCCAAGGCCUACCAUACCUAUGAUGACAAGUAUCGUAAGUCCCAGGGUGGUCUAAUAUCCAUUGCCGUCAGUGCUAAUUGGUUUGAACCUAAAGAUGUCAAUGUUCGCCGUGAAGUGGUGGCUGCUGAUCGGGCGAUGCAGUUCCAACUGGGAUGGUUUGCACACCCCAUUUUUAAGAAUGGUGACUAUCCUGAAGCACUAAAGUGGCAAGUUGGAAACAAAAGUGAACUUCAAGGGUUUUCAGAGUCAAGACUUCCUUCCUUCACCGAAGAAGAAAAGAGCUUCAUCAAGGGAACUGCUGAUGUGUUUUGUCUAAAUCAUUACACUACAAAGAUUGCAAGCCAUGUUACAGCUAAGCUUACCCCCCAGUCCUAUGAAUAUGACUGGGAUUUCAAAGAAGAAGAGGAAGGUGAUUCACCAACUACAGCAAUCAAAAACCAAAGAGCUGUGGCAUGGGGUUUAAGGAGACUCCUAAACUGGAUAAAGGAGGAAUAUGGAGAUCCUGAGAUUUACAUUACUGAGAAUGGAGUUGCUACAGAAGCAAAGACAACUUGGGAUGACUCUGCCAGAGUAUUUUAUUACAAGACCUAUAUUGAUGAGGCUCUCAAAGCCUAUGAACUUGAUGGGGUGAGCGUGAAAGGAUACAUUGCAGCCUCUCUCAUGGAUUCCUUUGAGUGGCUGAAUGGGUACAAAGUUGGAUUUGGCCUGCACCAUGUGGACUUCACUAACCCAAAUCGGCCGAGAACACCCAAGUACUCAGCUCAUUUCUAUUACAACAUCAUAAGGGAUAAUGGUUUCCCUCUACCAGAUGAUGAGAAGAUGCUUUCUGGACAUUUUCGAGAUGAUUUCAUUUGGAGUGUUGCAACAGCAUCAUACCAGAUUGAAGGGGGAUGGCGGGCCGAUGGAAAAGGUCUCAGCAUCUGGGACAGGUUUGCUCACACCCCUCUCAGAGUAUUCAAUGAUGACACUGGGGACAUAGCUUGUGACAGUUACAAUAAAGUAGAAGAGGAUGUUGCUAUAUUAAAGCAACUCAAGGUGACCCAUUAUCGAUUCUCCAUAUCCUGGCCAAGGGUCCUUCCUGAUGGCACCACUAAUCACAUUAAUGAGGCUGGACUCAAUUACUACCACAAACUGGUGGAUGCACUGCUUGCGGCAAACAUUCAGCCUCAUAUCACUCUGUACCACUGGGACCUUCCACAAGCGCUGCAGGAUAUUGGGGGAUGGGAAAAUGACACUAUCGUUACUAAAUUCAGAGAUUAUGCUGACUUAAUCUUUAGCCGACUUGGUCAUAAAGUGAAAUUUUGGAUCACCAUUAAUGAGCCAUACAAUGUAGCCAACAUAGGCCAUGGUUAUGGAACAGCUGCCCCGGGGAUUAGUUUUCGACCAGGCACUCUGCCCUAUAUCGUUGCUCACAACCUGCUUAAAGCUCAUGCUGAGGCCUGGCAUGUCUACAAUGACAAGUAUCGGGCAGAACAGAAAGGAAUUAUCUCCAUCACCAUCAACUCUGACUGGUCUGAACCCAGAAAUCCCUAUAAGCAGGAGGACUAUGAUGCUGCAAGACGUGUGGUUGAGUUUCAACUUGGCUGGUUUGCCCAUCCUGUUUAUAAUGGUGACUACAGUGAGAUAAUGAAGACAAUCAUUCGGGAACGAAGCCUUGCUGCUGGUCUACCGAAAUCACGGCUGCCUGAGUUCACUCCAGAGGAGAUUAAAAGAAUUAAAGGCACUUACGAUUAUUUUGGUUUCAACCAUUACACCACUGUCCUAGCAUUCCCCGUGGACUAUAAAAACCUUCAGCACUAUGAUGCAGACAGAGGUGUGGGGACAAUUGCUGAUCGUACCUGGCUGGAUUCAGGUUCAGCCUGGCUGAAGGUCUCACCAUUUGGAUUCCGCAAGAUACUUAACUUCAUUAAGGAGGAGUAUGGAAAUCCAACAAUUAUCAUCACUGAGAACGGCAUCUCAGAGCGGGGUGCUGUUGAUCUAAAUGAUGUUCACAGGAGCUACUACUAUGAAAAAUACAUCAAUCAGUUGUUAAAAGCUUACUUACUAGACGGUGUAGACAUCCACGGUUACACAGCUUGGACACUGAUGGACAACCUUGAGUGGGCCACAGGCUUUUCCGAAAGAUUUGGGCUUUUUUAUCUCAAUCAUUCAGACCCUGAUCUUGCUCGAGUAGCCAAGAACUCUGUUUCCCUCUACUCCAAAAUAAUAGCCUGCAACGGAUUCCCUGACCCUGCUUCAGGACAUGAGUGCUUGAAUCCUGUGACGGAAGAAUCAACUGUGCCCCCGAUCACUGACAAUGCCCCUGUGGGAUUCCUUGGUAUGGGGCUCUCUGCCGCUGAUGCCGAAACUGCACUUAACACCAUAUUUGCUCUACUGAUUGUUGCAGUAUUUGGAGCUGUUUGCGCAUCAGUUGGCUUCCUUAUGGCAAAAAAGCAGUCUAAGAAAAGGCAGAAUGUUGAUUCUAUAAAACUUGAGAAAACAUUCUAA